ACAGCUGACUGAGGGUGAGACCUAAGCGAGCGCUUCUCAAAAGGCUUCACGGGAUAUACAAUACAACGUUUGAGGCGGAACAAGCUGACAACGCGUCCUGUCUGGCUGUCAAACCAGUCCGCGAGCAUGUUUGAGGAGUAUGCUUGCGCUCUGAACUAGUACAGAACUCACUUGGAGUAGGACUGGCACCUCCGUUUAGUCUACAUGCAUUUACAAACAUGACUUUGGACCAGUGUUUGCUGUAGUUCGAGCCCAUGCCCCUAAAGCCGUGCCAAUGCCGAGGAAUGGAUACUAGUGUCUCUGGCAAAGUUGGAAACAUGGUCGCAAGUGAUGAGGAGCAUUUGGGCGCGAGCGAUGGCAGUAAUGCAGGGAUGGACGCGCUUCACCAGUGCGAACUCAUCCAGAACCUGAUCGAGAUCUCCAUCUCUAGUCUGAAAGGGCUCCGGACCAAGUGCGCCGCAUCUAACGACCUGACCCAACACGAGAUACGCGCUUUGGAGGUGAAGCUGGUGAAGUACAUUAGUAAACAGUUAGAGUGGAAGCAGAGUGUUCCAGAGAGUGACAGACCGCUGGCGCUGGACUCAUACCCACAACUCACAGACUGGCUCUACACCAUCAACCUCCGGCCAGAGCUCAUAGAGGCAGUCCCUGUGAAGCUGUCUCUGGAUGCUCUGCUGCAAAUGUCCAGUGCACAGGUGGAAGACACCAUGAAAAAACUGGGCUCUAGCAUUGAGGAGCGUUCCCGUAUCACUGCUGCCCUCUCCUGUCUCAAGAGCGCUACUGACACAGGGGGAGCACUGAGGAAAGAGGGUAUCCCGUGGAUAGCAGAACCCACUCACCAUGACAGUACCUCUGUUGACCCGCUGUCUUGUUCUAUGCGUGCACAUCAGAUUUACAGUCCCAGCACAACCAGCUGGCCCCCUCCUUCUGCUUUGCCUGCCCCUCGUUCCUGUGUCUCUGUUUCUGCCCUACCCUCAACAGACUUCCCUACAAUCGUCCACCCAUACUGUGAUGGGCUGACGGACCCUUUUUCAUCCUCCCCGCAGCUGAACCGCUGCACCUCCGGGCUGCUGUCCACCCCUCCACUCACACCGCCACAGAGAAGGUAUGGCAAACUAAAGCCCCCACGAACUCCACCACCUCCAUCCCGUAAGCUGCUAAACCUCCUGCCCAGCAUCACUCUCACACGCAGCAAGAGCCAGAGCCAACUGGCCAACCGGAUCGAUGACCCUACACCCAACAAGAAUGGAAAGAAAAAUAAGCCACUCCUGAACGUGCAGGUAAACGGUGGAGGAAACGGCUGGGAAGACUCACCCUCACGGUCACCACUGUUGUCUGCCCGUUCCCCCUGCAUUCUACCAAAUACCCCCAGUCACCUGGGAGACUCUGCAGGAGUAAGAAACAAUGUUGCAUCCCACGGAAGCUCUCCACUAAUCAUGAGAAAGGAUAUCGGUCUGGAUGUCACACACAGGUUUUCCACCAAGUCCUGGUUGUCUCAGACGUGUCAGGUGUGCAAGAAGAACAUGAUGUUUGGUGUUAAAUGUAAACAUUGCAAGGUGAAGUGCCACAAUAAAUGUACCAAAGAGGCCCCUAAGUGCAGGAUUUCAUUUGCACAAUUUCCAAACAAGAUCAGAAGAACAGAGUCAGUACCAUCAGGUAUCAAUAACCAGGUGGAGCAUCCAGCAGAGUCUCAUCAGUACGGAACAUUACCGAAAGCAAUAAACAAAAAGGACCACCCUCCAUCACUGAGUCACCCGGACUCCAGUAGUAACCCCUCCUCUACCACCUCCUCCACCCCCUCCUCACCUGCCCACUUCGGUCAGGGCAACCCUCCAAGCGCCACCCCGCCACCCAACCCCUCCCCUAAGGGUCACAUUGACAGUCGCUUUCACUUCCCAGCUGCCUGCUACUUUCAGCAUAGACAACAUUUUGUCUUCCCUGAUGUAUCCAGUUCCACGCAUUCAGAUGGAGGUUACAACACCACUGGAGAAACAGAUCAGUUGGAUGGUAACGUCAACCAGUUGUCAACAGGCCAAAGGGAAGCUGUGGAUGAGGAGCAGCAAGGGGAUGACGGUCAGGAUCAGGAAGGUUCGGACGAUGAAAGUGAAGGUGAUGAAGUGGAUGACCUGCCCAACUGCAGGGGCUACUGGAAGGACCACAUAAGCCGUAAGGCCAGCCAGACCAGCGUUUACCUGCAGGAGUGGGAUGUGCCUUUCGAGCAGCUGGAGCUUGGAGAGCUGAUCGGUAAAGGUCGCUGGGGGAAGGUGUGUAGGGGUCGCUGGCACGGAGAGGUGGCUGUUCGCUUGCUAGAGAUUGACGGUAACAACCAGGAGCACCUGAAGCUGUUCAAGAAGGAAGUGAUGAACUACCGGCAAACGCGGCACGAGAACGUUGUGCUGUUUAUGGGGGCCUGCAUGAACCCACCCCAUCUGGCCAUUAUCACCAGCUUGUGUAAAGGACGGACGCUCUACUCAGUUGUCAGGGACUCUAAACUUGACAUCAACAAGAUAAGACAAAUCGCUCAGGAAAUCGUAAAGGGAAUGGGUUACCUCCAUGCAAAGGGAAUUGUGCACAAAGAUUUGAAGUCAAAGAAUGUUUUUUAUGAUUCAAACAAAGUUGUCAUCACAGAUUUCGGUCUGUUUGGGAUGUCUGGAGUGGUCCAAGAGGACAGGCGGGAAAAUGAACUGAAGCUGCCACGAGGGUGGAUCUAUUACCUGGCUCCAGAGAUUGUGCAAAAGAUGGCACCAGGAAACCAAGAAGACUGUUUGCCCUUUUCAAAAGCUGCUGAUGUUUACGCUUUUGGCACUAUCUGGUAUGAACUCCAGGCCAAAGAAUGGCCCAUCAUGAACCAGCCGACUGAAGUUUUGAUCUAUCAGCUGGGAAGUGGAGAAGGCAUCAGAACAUUACUAACCCAGAAGGGUACAAGCUUAGGCAAGGAGGUUACGGAGAUCGUGUCAGCCUGCUGGUCCUUUAAGAUUGAGGACAGACCAACAUUCACUCAGCUGUCAGACUUACUAGAGAAGCUGCCAAAGCUCAAUCGCAGACUCUCACACCCCGGGCACUUCUGGAAGUCUGAGGAGUAUGUAUCCUAGACUGGAAUGCUAGCAUGCUGCAGAUCCCCCUUUUUUUAGGGGGUAUAGUUUAUGGAGCAUGAAAUCUAACUGAUGAUUUGGAGCCGACCUGUGCAUUGUUUUGUUGGUUUGUUUUUUUUGUUUUUUGUUUUUUUCUCUCUAUUCUGAGCCUUCUUAAUUUUACACCAUUGGAUUUUUAGUGUAGCGAGUGUCAGAAGGAUGCUGUGCAUGGAAUCAACCAUUAUAUAUUUGGUCUAACCUGAUAUCAUAUGGUGCGGAAAAUAACAGUAAGUGGAAAAUAAUGUGAGUGUUUUUCUGCUACCAAGGUUUUUGCCUGUUAUGAAUGGUUGGUCUGGUAUGCAAAUAUGUGUGAAGAUUUUUGUGAUUUAUCAUUUAUCGGUCCUCAUAUAGAAAUUCAGAAGCAGAUACUGUUCUGAAUAUGACUGGUUCAGAAGGAAGGUGCUUAUUGAUUUAACCUGUUACACUUUGAAGAUCUUCAUAUGCCUAAAUAUCUGGCCUGUGGUCAGUAUUCACCCUUUACAUUUAAAAACAAUGGUUAGACCGUGGUGAAAAGGGUGUAAUCUGAAUUUAUAAUAAUUAAAAUAAUAUUAAUAAUUAUAUAAUUUAUGAUUAUAUAAUACAUUAUAAUAUACAGUGAUUAAUUAUUAUUAUUAUUAUUUAUCAGUAAAAGUAGUUGAAAUCCCUGGAAAACCUUUUAUAAUUUUUUUUUCUUUAAUAUUUGUGUGUUGUUUCUGCUGUUUUUUUUUUUGUGGGUUUGUCUCCGCACUGGGGAUGGGCCAAACUUGGGAUCCCAUCUCUGUCAUCUGCUGUUCCUGUCUCCAUCUUGACGUCUCAACUUUUCUUCUUACCACCAACCUCUUCCAAAUCUUCAUAUUUUACAUGUCACUUUAUUUAUGUCACUGUACUUUCUUCCUUCUGUUUUCUGAUUGGCUGAAUGUUCAGCGCAUGGCAUCACCACUGUCUGCGUGAACAUUGCAGUCCGGGGCUCCGCCCUCGAUGUCCCUACGUCUACAAAUAUGAUGGUUUGUCCACAGCUGCCGUUAACAUUAGCAUGGCUGCUGCAUUUAAAGAAAGCAACUAGUUUUGAUUCAGAUGUCUAUAUCUAUUCCAUUUAUUUCCUGCGUGAUUUAUUGAUUUCUUUGCUGAUGAUCAACAGUGUGUCUUACAAAUUGUCUUACAAAUUUUUACAAUAUUCCCCUUUUUGUUGCUUUUUCUUAUAGUAGUCCCAUCUUUGGCAACUGAUAGGCUUUUAAACUUUUGCCUGUUCUAACACUGAACAAAGCUAUUUCAGCUAAACUUUGUAAAUGGAAAAUAAGCCGAUAGGAUUUCAGCAGUUUUAUUGAGCUAGCAGACUAGCCACGGUUUGGGAUUGAAUGGAUGUCAGAUGAAUGGAAUGUGAUUUCCAUUGCUCUUUUGGAAAGACCUUAAGUUUUUACAGUCCACAAACUUUCUCCUGUACUCUUAAAAAAAAAAAAAAGUGACUUACAAUUUCCACAUUCUUGCUCAAAAUUAAAAAUUUGAAUGAAUAAACAUUUACUGGAUGCUAAUCUGACCUACUGAGCCCUUCCAGAAUGGAUAAUGAGCCUCAAAAAUAAGGAUCCUGACAAGGUAUUUGUAAUAUCAUAAAGAAUGAAAGAUAUUUUAACCCAGCAAUAUGAUGUUCAGGAACUUUUAAUAUCUAAUACCUCUGGUUUUAAUUUGUGCGUGUGUGUGUGAGAGAGAGAGAGAGUGUGCAUGCAAAGUCUUGGGUGAUUUAUUUGUGGGGUUAUGAAUAAUGAGGAUGUUAAAGACUGCAGUGACUGUUCCCAUGACAGCUUAAAGACAUUUGAAUAGAGAAUUAUAGUUUUAUUUAUUGUACAGCUAAGAUUUCUUAUAGAAUUUGUAUAAAAUUUUAUAUGUUUCCAUCGCAAAAUUUUGGAAAGGUACUUUACUCCUGUUGUACAGCUCUUUAUAUACAAACUGUGUCGAACACAAAUUGUACAUUUCUAGAAUGAGAUUGUGGUUUUAAUGUUAUGUAAUUAUGAAUUCAUAUUUUUGUAAAGCUUAUAGCAACUUGUCUGUAAACACAAUGUAAUUUUAUCCUGGCAGAAAUAAUAAACAAAUGAAACAUU